UACCAAAUUCCCACUUGGUUGUUGAAAUACUGGAGUUGUUCCUGAAGUUUCAGAUGAGGCUUGAGCCCAGGAAUCCUAAUUGUGUCCUUUAUUCCCUUCCUUAAAGGGGAAAUCACAGAGGAGCUUGGUAAGUCCUUCCCGGUCUUUCCUCCUUUCUCUUCCCCUUUCCCUGCUAUUCCCCUUUCCCUGCUCUUCUCCCACUUGCAAUGUGGGUGCUGCAAAGAACCUGAAGCUUUGUUUCUUUUCCCUUUUUUUCCCAUUCCCAGCGGAGCAGAGCACGCGCAUCGGUGAGUGCUGCUCUUCCAUAGGGAAAUGGAGCUCUUCCCUUCUAACAUGGGAUAAAGGAGCCUUAGGCUCCAUGUCCGUGGCUGCUCAAUGUGUGCUUCUCCCCGAGCAUCCCAAAUCCCUUUGGAAUGAUGGUUUGGAUACAUGGGGAUCAGUGAUUCCUAAUCCAUUGGAAUACAACCCAAAAUGCAUAAACUUCUGGUUGAUGGAUCUAUAAGGGGGAAAGAACCAUAACUAAAUCUACUUUUCCUUUUGCUCUUCCCAGAGGAACUCACGGUGGAGCUGGGUGAGUCCCUUCCCUACCCCAACCAGGGUGGAUCCUUUGGGAUUUAGGCUGGGGUUAGUGGGAGCCUGUUGGUUCUUUGCUUGAAGAUGAGGGAAGCACAUAUGGGAAUGAUAGCCAGGGCUAAAUGGGAAUGUCAGUUCUCUACAUGGAACAGCAAAACAUCAGUUCAUCAUCUCAGGAUGAACACCCAAAAACUGGGGAAUAACUCAUUUUCCCUCCCUUUUCCAUCUGUUUUCCUUCCUUUAGGACAACGGGAUGCCCGGAUUGGUACGUGUCCACCUCCUCCCUGCUCCUACACUUGUGCUUCCAUUGCCAUGAUGAUGGUGAUGGAUCAGUUGGGAUUUGUUCUCUCUCAGGUGACCUGUCUGCAGGGAUUGAGACCCGCGAGAGGAGGAUUGAGGAGCUCACAGCAGAGCUCGAGGAAUACAAAGCCAAAGCACGAAGGUGCCUCCAGGAGCACAGGAAGGAAGAGGAGACAAUGGCGGAGGUGACGCUGGAUCCAGCCACAGCCCAUCCACGCCUCAUCGUGUCCCCGGAGCUGCGGAGUGUGCGGUGGGAAUUUCGCCUGGAGCAGCCUCCCGACGUUCCCGAGCGCUUCGACACCGAUCCCUGCGUGCUGGGCGGCGAAUCCUUCUCCUCCGGGCGGCACUGCUGGGAGGUGGACGUGGCCCAGGGGCAGUACUGCGCCAUCGGCGUCAGCAGGGCCUCUUUGAAGAGGAAGGGCCCCAUCAGCUUCAGCCCCGAGGAGGGGAUCUGGGCCCUGCAGCAAUGGGGCUUCCAGAGCAGAGCCCUCACAUCCCCCCCCACCGCCCUGAACCUGGCACGGGUGCCCAGGAGGAUCCGGGUGUCUCUGGAUUAUGAGUGGGGAGAGGUGAGGUUCUUUGAUGUGGAGAACCAAGUCCCCAUCUUCACCUUCCCUCCGGCAUCCUUCCGUGGGGAGCUGCUCCGGCCCUGGUUCUGGCUGGAGCUGGGCUCCAUCUCCCUGCGCCGGUGACCAUCCUGGUGCGGAGGGGCUGGAGGAGCCAUGGAAGAGCCUUGGGGGCUGUGGGAGAUCACUGAUGGACACUGUGGUCAUCACCAUGCACAUCUCACUGUCCCCUGAUAUCCCUUGGAUAUCCUUGAUAUCCCUGUGAUAUCCCUCUUCCAUCCCUACAUGCUCCAAGAGCCUUGAACCAUGGCUCCCACCCCACAGUUGGACACCCAGCAGGUGCUUCCCAAUGGACAAUAAACCACUUGAGCCUC